UUAUGAACCUUGAUUGAGCUCAAUCAAAUCAAAUUAGGGAAUUCCGUUGAUGAACAUGAGCAAACUUUCCCACAAAUGUACAAAACUAAACUAAAAUUACGGAGUGAGAAGAUAAAAGACAAAAAUUAAGAAUGUUUGUAAGGUGCAGUGAUGCAGCAGCAGUGUUUGUAAACGAACAAUGCCAUGGGUUCAUAUCGAGGAGAAGGUAGAUUGAAAAAUUGAAGAACCCUGCUUCACAUCUGGCAGUCCGGAGCAGAAUUCUGCUUUUCCAAAGCCAAAUCUAAACCAUAUCCGGUGAGCUUCGUGAGAAAUGAGGCUCUGCGAAACUUUGGCUGUUUUGGGAAGGAGGAUUUCAUCUGUAGAUUCAAAGAGAGCGAACCCUAAUAUCUAAGAGCAAAAUGCGAAGGCAUGUGGACCGCAGUUGAGGACACCUAUAGAUAAGUAAACCAUUAUGUUGUUCCCGAAAGAAGGUUUAUGUGAUGAUGGAUUCGAGGGUUCUACCAAUGAACACCAGAUUUUCAGGGAAGUAUUCUUCGGGACUGAGGAAUAUAAAAAGAGGUGCCUCAUUACUGGAGUUAUCAAUUUUGAAUGCGACAGUGAAAGUCCAGCAUUAAUGGUGCAUGAUACUUCAUAUGGUACCAUAGUGGAUUCUGGUGGGGAAGGGCAAGAGAGGAGAGUGCAUUCUAACAUCCAGUUCUAUAUGGAAAGAUGUUUGAACUCCGCAGCAUCCUUGUAUAAUGACUCUCACAUUCUGACUUUUCAUGUGGUUGAGACAACUAACCAGGGCAUCACCUCUUGUUCUUAUCUGCAAAAGGGGCACAGUGAGCUUGACAGAGGACAUGAAUUGUGUGAAGGUGGUUCCUUAAAACUAAACUCACAUAACUUGAAUGUAAAUGACGGGAAAGAUGGUUGUAAAAUAAUACCAUCUCCCACUUCUCAAGAGAGCAGUGUGACCAAGUUGUUGGUAAGCAUUUCCCCACCUGUCACUGCAAAAUACUCAAGGGAUGUUCGAAUAGCGAAGUCAAAGUGGAAGGAUUCCUGCUUUGUGGAGCUAGAUGAAUCAGAGCUGUUGGUGGUUAAAGACGCUCCAAAUGAUCCUCGUCCUAUUCUACGCUACCAUAUCAAUCGCUUACUAAGAGCAGCAGGAUGGGUAAUUGGGAGGCGUAAAAGGAGUAAUAAAUACAAUGGCAUCGGGGAAUAUGUUUAUAGGUCGCCUGAAGGAAGACCUAUUCGGGAAUUUCAUCGAGCAUGGCUAUUUUGUGGUAAGAGUUUAGUUACGGAGGAAAACAGUGUCAUACAUGAUGGGGAGCGUAAGGUGUGGGCUGACUUGGAUCAGUUUAGGGCAGACCUAAGUAGUACUUUGGCAGAGAUAGAAGAAAAUUUGAUUAACUUGGAAAACAUAUCAUCAUUGGCUGCUCUGUGGUGCCUUCUUGAUCCGUUUGCAAAUGCAGUAUUCAUUGACAAGAUAUUACACUUUCUUAAAGAAGGAAGAUCUGUCAUACCAAACAGAACAUUUGGUUGGUAUGUAGAAAACCAGCUAAGCGAGAGAAGCUUGAGUGAUCAAUCUAUACACAAGGAGUUAUGUUUAAAUAGAAGCUCGCUGAACCUCAAACAGUCACAAAUAGAGGAAGGCAAGUGCGUUAACAGUCUAUCUUCUACUAAAAGUUCUUUCAAUGAGCCGCCUCAUAAAUAUAGGAAAGUCUCAGGCAAUGAGAGUGGCAUUUUAGAUCAAAGUUCCUUUCCAUCUUAUGGAUCUGAUAGUACCUCUGAGCUAGAUGGUAGUUGCUUGUUUGAAGUUCCUGUCAGUUUGGAAAAAAGGCCAACAUUGACGAGAACUUAUGAGGCAGUUUAUAAUAACCAAGAUUGCAGCACAAGCUCCCUCAUAUGUAAUGAUAAAGAAGUAAAAAAUUUUGAUGUAAAAAUUUCAAUCCAGCCAAAUUAUUUGUUGCAGGAGUCUCUAUUAUUUGAUUCGAACCAAGAUCUGAUGGAUUUUAAAUGUAUUGAAGCAAAGACCGAGGGUUUAUUUUGUGUUGCGAGCUCUAUGCCUAGAAAGAAAGCCCACAAGAAAUCAAAAAAGAUAUCUGAAAUGAAACUUUCAAAUUUGUAUCAACCUGAAAAAUUGGCAUCUAAUGCAAAUGGACCCUGUGAAAUCAAUGGAAAGGGAACCUACAACAGAGUUCGACCAAUGAAAUAUAAGAAAUUUCAUCCCGAGGAUGACGAUCUUCUAGUUUCAGCCAUCGUGAAAAAUAAAACCUUCAAAUAUGCAAAAAAGAGGCCCCGUGGUAAAUCCAAGUCUAUGAGGAAGACGAAGAGCCAUAAGGGCAGAUGCAAGUUGCUCUUACGUAGCCAAAAUAGGGGUGGAAAGAACUUCAUAGAGGGAAAGUGGCCUGCCUUUGCUUCAAGAACAGUUUUAUGCUGGUUGAUUCAUUCUCGGGUUGUUUUUCUCAAUGAAGUGAUCCAAUAUAGGAAUGUCAAGGAUGGUUCUGUGCUGAAAGAUGGCUUUAUCACUAGAGACGGGAUACUAUGCAAGUGUUGUGAUGAAGUACUAUCAAUCUCGACUUUCAAAAAUCAUGCCGGUUACAAACCAAAUCUCAGCCAACCUUGUCUGAAUCUUUUUUUAGAGUCUGGAAAACCAUUUACAUUAUGCCAGCUUGAGGCUUGGUCAGUUGAAUAUAAGGCUAAGAAAGCUCCUCCCAGAACAAUGCACGCUGAUGAAGUGGAUCAAAAUGAUGAUAGCUGUGGGCGCUGUGGUGAUGGUGGCGAGCUGAUAUGUUGUGAUAAUUGUCCAUCUACAUUUCAUCAGGCAUGCUUGUAUGCACAGGAACUUCCUGAAGGCAGUUGGUAUUGUCCACAUUGUACAUGCAAGAUUUGUGGAGAUGUGGUCAAAGAUAAUGGGGAAUCUAGUUCUACACCCUCUGGUGCAUUAAAAUGUGUGCAGUGUGAACAUAAAUAUCACGAAGCAUGCUUGAAAGAGCAUGGCAUAGGUGUAGAGGCAUCAGAAACCUGGUUCUGUGGUGAAAGUUGUCAGGAGGAUCUGACAUCGGGGAAGAUGAAUGGCAGUGCUAGAGAGGAAGACGGUCUCUAUGUCUUUGAUGAAGGAACUAAAUUGAAUAAACAAGGUCAAGGGAAUACUUGUCUGCAAACUAUUUCUUUUUCUUGUAAUAAUGAAGUGUAUUUAAUGCACUAUAGACUAGGUCAUCCUAGUUUUUACUAUUUAAAAAGGUUGUUUCCUCAGUUGUUUCAUAAUAAAGACCCUUCAUCAUUUCAUUGUGAUAUGUGUGCACCGGCAAAACAUCAUAAGAAUUCUUAUAUCCCUCAUAGUUACAAACCUACUAGCCCUUUUACUCUUGUGCAUAGUGAUAUUUGGGGUGCAUCUAGAGUUUCUACCUUGAAAGGACAAAGAUGGUUUGUAACUAUUAUAGAUGAUCAUACCCGGGUAACAUGGGUUUUUUUGAUUAAAGAGAAAUCUGAAGUUGAAAAUGUUUUCAGAAAAUUUUACUCAAUGGUUCAAACUCAAUUCAAUACCAAUAUCAAAAUGGUAAGAAGUGAUAAUGUCUGUGAGUAUUUUUCUCAAAACUUAAACAAUUUUUUUGCUGAAAAGGGGAUUAUUCACCAAAGUUCUUGUAUAAAUACACCUGCUCAAAAUGGAAUAGCUGAGAGGAAAAAUAGACAUUACUUGAAGUCACUCGUGCAAUCAUGUUUUCCACUAAAGUUCCAAAAUAUUUAUGGGGAGAUGCUAUUUUACAUGCCACCUAUUUGAUUAAUAGGAUGCCAUAAAAAACUCUAGGAUUUAAAACACCUAUUGAUACACUUCAAACCUGCUUUCCUAAAACCAGAAUUAUCAGCUCUCUUCCUUUAAAGAUUUUUGGUUGCACAAUGUUUAUUCACAACCCUGACAAAACAGCUAGUAAAUUUGAUCCUAGAGGAAGAAAAUGUGCCUUUUUAGGACUGUCUUCAACACAGAAAGGAUAUAAAUGUUUUGAUCCUACAACAAAAAAGAUGUUUGUAACAAUGGACACUGUUUUUGUUGAAAAUAAACCCUUUUUUAAUACUCAUCUUCAGGGGGAGAAUUCAAUUGAAGAUGGUAACAGUGUAUUACAUAUCUAUGAAAAUCUUAAUUUUCUUGACAUUAAUCUUGAUGCACAUCAUACUAAAAACUUAGAUGCAUCAGAUAAUAGCCAAGGAAUAGAAGAAAAAGAAAUAAAUAUAAUUGAAACAAGGAAAGAAGAUGAGCAGUAGAUAGGUAAUUUUUUUGGCAAAGUUUAUGAAAGGAGAGUUCCAAAUCAAAGAAUAGAGGACAUCUCUGAUCCUGCAACUGCUCACGAAUCUGACUCAAUGACAGAAAAUGAAAAAGGUAAUACUUCCGGUGAUCUUGACUUACCAAUUGCUCUCAGAAAAGAGAAAAGGUCAUGUGUCAGAUAUCCUAUUUCAAACUAUGUGUCUUAUUCCCAGUUGUCCUUGUCAUUUGCAGCCUUUACCUCUAGUCUUUCCUCUAUUACUAUUCCCUUAACCAUACAAGAAGCUCUAUCUAAACCUGAGUGGAAGAAAGCUGUUUUGGAAGAGAUGAAUGCUCUUGAAAGGAAUCAAACAUGGCAGAUUGUAGAGUUACCCAAGAAUAAACCAACUGUGGGAUGUAGAUGGAUUUUUACUCCUAAAUUCAAGGCAGAUGGAACCCUUGAACGAUACAAGGCUAGAUUGGUGGCCAAGGGAUAUACACAAACCUAUGGCAUAGACUAUAUUGAGAUCUUUGCUCCGGUAGCAAAGUUAAAUACUAUAAGAAUUCUCUUAUCUUUAGCUGCUAACCUAGAUUGGCCACUUCAACAGUUAGAUGUGAUGAAUGCCUUCUUAAAUGGGAAGCUUGAAGAGGAAGUGUAUAUGAGUCCACCUCCGUGGUUUGAGAGUAAAUUUGGCUCAAAGGUGUGUAAACUGGAGAAAUCCUUGUAUGGACUUAAACAGUCCCCAAAGGCUUGGUUUGACAGGUUUACUCAGUUCAUAAAGAGAGGGAUUCAAGCAAGCUCAGGCUGAUCAUACACUUUUUUUUGUGAAAUUUUCAAGUAAGGGGGAGAUUGCAAUAUUAAUUGUUUAUGUGGAUGAUAUUAUUCUUACAGGAGAUUAUCACAAAGAGACUAAAAGUCUAAAGAAGCAAUUGGCUCAUGAAUUUGAGGUCAAAGAUCUGGGAGAAUUGAAAUAAUUUCUUGGAAUGGAGAUAGCUAGAUCAAAGAAGGGAAUUGUUGUAUCACAGAGGAAGUAUAUUCUAGAUCUUCUCCAAGAAAUAGGCAUGAGUGCAUGUAGACCAGCAGAUACUCCAAUUGACCCCAAUCAGAAGUUGGGAGAUGUCAAAGAUGGAGUUCCAGUCAAUACCCAACAAUAUCAAAGAUUAGUGGGAAGAUAGAUAUAUUUGGCACAUGCAAGGCCAGAUAUUGCAUUUGCAGUUAGUUUGGUUAGCCAGUUUAUGCAUAAUCCAGUCCAGGAACACCUUGAUGCUACUGACAGGAUUCUAAGGUAUCUGAAAAGUUGUCCAGGGAAAGGAUUAUUCUUUAAAAAGAACUACAGUAGAAUUGUUGAGGCAUUUACAGAUGCAGACUAUGCUGGCUCAAUCACUGAUAGAAGAUCUACUUCUGGGUAUUGUACCUAUGUAUGGGGAAAUCUGGUGACUUGGAGAAGUAAAAAACAGAAUGUAGUUGCUAGAAGCAGUGCUGAAUCUAAAUACAGGUCUAUGGCAAAUGGAAUUUGUGAACUGCUUUGGAUCAAAAGAGUAAUUUCAGAAUUAAAAUUGAAGAUGGAUCUACCUAUGAAGUUGUAUUGUGAUAACAAGGUAGCUAUUAGUAUUGCUCAUAAUCCUGUGCUACAUGGUCGUACUAAACACAUUGAAGUGGACAGACACUUUAUCAAAGAAAAGAUUGAAGCUGGAAUUGUGUGCAUACCAUUCAUACCUACUAAAGAACAAACAACUGAUAUCUUCACAAAAGGAUUGUUCAGACCAGUGUUUGAGCUACUUAUAAGCAAGUUGGGGAUGUAUGAUAUAUACUCACCAACUUGAGGGGGAGUGUAGAAAAUGUUACAUUUAUUAUUUAUUAUUAGAUUGUGUACGUAUGUAGUUGUGUAGAUAAAAUAGAGUUGUUAGACUGCAUUUAUUAGCAGAUAAGUACUGCAGUUAGAUAGAUCCUAUUUUUUAGGAUCUGCACAGGGAGUUUGUUGUGUGUACUCUGUAUAUAUAUUCUGGCCGUAUGGCUCAUCAUAAUCAAGGAAGUUUUAUUCCUAAAACUUACAGUUUCUUAAGCUCACUACAGCUUUGUACUCUCUUGGCUUUAAACAGUCCAAAUGUGAUCCUUCAUUACUUGUCUAUCUUUCCAGUACAGUUCAGGUUAAUGUACUGAUCUAUGUUGAUGAUAUCCUAGUUAUUGGAAACAACAGUGAUGUUAUUCAACAUCUUAUUCAUAAAUUGGACUCCAACUUCUCACUCAAACACUUGGGGGAUCUUGACUACUUUCUGGAAUUGAAACUCAAAAGCUUCCAGAUGGCAGCUUUAGCUUACAUUUAUCUCAAACCAAGUAUGUUAGAGAUCUACUGGAAAAAGCAGGUAUGUAGGACUCCAAAGGAAUCACAACACCCAUGCUGAGUAGCUGCAAACUUCUCAAAGAAGGGUGUAACUACUUAACUGAUCCUACUCAAUACAGAUUUGUGGUAGGUGCUCUACAGUAUGUUACUCUAACAAGACCAGAAAUCAGUUUUGCAGUGAAUAAAGUGUGUCCGUUCAUGGCAAAUCCUUUAGAAGAACACUGAAAAGAAGUGAAAAGGAUACUAAGGUAUCUUUCUGGUUCAUCUAAACAUGGUCUUCUCAUACAAGAUCACCUACUCAGCUACUAGCCUUUUAUGAUGCUGAUUGGGCUUCAGAUCCCAAUGAUAGAAGAUCAACCUCUGGCUCAUGCAUAUUUCUAGGACCUAAUCUAAUCUCUUGAUGGUCUAGAAAACAACUUUGUGUUGCUAGGUCUUCAGCUGAAGCAGAAUACAGAAGCCUAGCUGACACUGCAGCAGAGAUCCUAUGGAUUCAGUAUCUUCUUCAGGAAAUAAAAGUUCCAUUUUCUAUUCCUCAGAUUUCUGUGACAAUCUUAGUACAAUUCAUCUAGCACAUAAUCCAGUCUUUCAUUCCAGGAUUAAACAUAUGGAACUUGACCUCUAUUUUGUCAGAGAAAAGAUUUUUCAUAAGAAGCUUCAAGUUCAACAUAUUCCUGCUCCCUAUCAAGUUGCUGAUGUGCUAACCAAACCUGUCCACCUCCAGAUUCCUUGAGUUGAAGACCAGACUCAAUGUGAUUAAAUUUCCAACUAAAUCACAAUAAGUUUGAGGGGGGAAUAUUAGGAAUACAUUGAGUUGUAACUGUUUGACCUAACUAAUAUUGUUGAGCUGUGAUCUGUUAGUUAGUUAGAUAGAAGCUUCUGUACUCUUAUAAAUACAUUGUAAUAGGAUCAGUUACAUCAAUGAAACAGAUUGUCAUUUCUCCAUUCUUUCUCUCUCUCGUUCAGUUUAUCAACAGCCAUCGACCCCAGCUAGCUUGAAGUAGGUAAUGAUGAUGAUUAUACUUCAUUUGCUAUGAUCAAUUCUGUCUUGUGAUAUUUCACUGAAUUAUUGAACUAUACCAACAUGAUGAUGGUCAAUCAUGCUGUCUUUCAAAAUAACAUAUGGUGUCCUUCAGGUUUACUCUGGUCUUCAGUCUUGCAUUGGUGUUGCAAAUCUUCUCUGUGGCGGCCUCUAUUGGACACUUCUGAGGUGUAUUCCCAGUGAUCAGAGAGUUCGUUCUGCACAGCGAUUUGUUGCCUUGAGGGCAGAUUGCAACUCCAAGUUAGCUGUUGCUCUUACAAUCAUGGAGGAAUGCUUUCUUCCAAUGGUGGAUCCUAGGACAGGCAUAGACAUGAUUUCCCAAGUAAUCUACAAUUGGGGCUCGCAAUUUUCUCGUCUAAAUUACUAUGGGUUUUACACUAUGGUUUUAGAGAAAGAUGAUGUGCUGAUAUCAGUCGCUUCAAUCAGGAUCCAUGGAACAACAGUUGCAGAGAUGCCUCUAAUUGCAACUUGCAGCAAAUAUCGCCGCCAGGGGAUGUGCCGGCGCUUAAUGAAUUCUCUAGAGGAGAUGUUGAAAUCCUUCAAGGUUGAAAAGCUUGUAAUAUCUGCCAUUCCCAGUUUAGUGGAGACAUGGACGUUUGGUUUCGGUUUCAAACCAUUGGAAGAUAAAGAGAAACAAAGCUUGAGCAACAUCAACCUUAUGGUGUUUCCCGGAACCAUUUGGUUGAAGAAGUCAGUGUAUGGAAACGACUCACCUUCCAAACCUGUUGAUCCAACUUUCUAUGAAAUUGACCAUGUAACCCCUAAUGAUGAAAUUCCUAUCAAGGAACCGGAAAAAGGUUCUUUGAACCGUAAUGAUCCUGCACUGGUUUGUACUGUGAGUGCUCCUGUUCACAAGGAACCGGUCGAAGUACAACCUUCCCUUACAGGUGGUAGUUGUAGUGUACAAAUGGUAGAGAAGUUAGAUGAUAUGCAGUUUUGCGUGGAUGAAUAGUCGAGCAAGUAUGAUCAUUUAAAGAUAAGUGUUGCUAAUUACUCAAAACCAAACCAACCCCCAGUUUGGUCUAGAGAGGGUGAGAUGUAGGCAUUAGCUUACCUCUCUACCUUGGGAUUUUUGGAAUUUGGAGUAGUGAAGUUGGUUAUGUGAAGAUUCCUGUAAAAAAAUAUUUCUGCUAUUCUUCCAUUUUUGUUACAGCGGAAGCAAAAGGAUUAUUAGCAGCUCAAUAAAAAACAUCUCUUAUAUGGCAUUGUAAUGAAAUGGUACAAACGGAAUUGAACCGAAUGCUUGCCAUUAUUAUUCAUAUAAGUUACUGAAUAUUCGUAUUCGCUUUUGAAUCUUAUUUGAAUUUUCA